GUUAAAUGUUAACAUAAAGUUCGGCACACCAAUACAAAAUAGAAUAUCAAAACAAACAACACAAAGAAUGUCAAGUGUUGUAGUUGAUGAUAUAUAUAUCUUCUCCGUAUUUCUCCCUUACUAUCUCCUUGUUAUAUGCAAAAUAUUAGAUGUUCAAAUGAGAGGAUUGUCAAAUAAGAAAAGGUGCUAUUUGACAGCAAUAAAAAAAAGGGGGAAACAAAUUAUACGUUUGAAUACAUCUACACUUUUUGAUGUGUCUAUCAAUUAAAACCCUUCCUUUGUUAUGCACCCCUUGAAAAAUAUAAAGAAUAUUCAUCUCUCUCUUCUUUUUUCUUUACUUCUUCUUUUUCUUUACAGUUUACUAUGGAAACUAAUCUUCGUAUAUUUAGUCCAGUCAUUUUAUUUCACGAAAAUAAUUCAGCAAAUGAUUAUGAUAUGAUACAAUUACAAAAAGAAAAAGUAAAUGCAAUGCUCAAAACAAAUCUUGUCUUUUGGGAACACAUUAUUCACACAACUC